AUGGUGGACACACCCGACGACACGACAAUAGUUAUGCUGCCGCCUCCAGGCGACGUGGUGGCUCCCCAUGGAUUCCCAGCUGAUCCACGGCCUGGGGGAGCCCCCCAAAUAUUCCUCGACGCCAUGGAUAUUCGCAUCAAGGUCUUUUGUGAGGAGCAGAACUGUGCCUUGGAACCGGAACUGGACGAGGACGACCCGAGAUCCUGGCAUUGGGUGGCAUAUCAACAAGGACACCCGGUCUCAGUCAUUCGUAUAGUGCCGCCACCUCAUGGACCGCACCCCAAUGGAUUCUACGAUCCGUCGGAAGAGCCAUACGUCAAACUUGGCCGUGUUGCAACGAUCCCCAGUGCCAGAGGGAAGGGUAUUAACCGGAAGUUAAUCGCUGCUGCUUUCCGAUAUCAUGCGGCGCACAAAGAGGAAACUUCGACAGGCUGGAACGGCUUGGUGCUCACUCAUGCUCAAGUCGCCGUUGAGAAGAUGUACUCGAAGUUAGGAUUCACUGCCGACGCGAGACUAGGCCAAUGGGACGAAGAAGGCAUUGAACAUGUAGGGAUGUGGAAACGACUCGCUUGA